AUGACACUACGUGGCAAAACGGCUAGUAGAUUUUUAUUAUCAGCUGCACAUAUUGUUUUAACAGAUGCAGAAUUUACAAGCGGUUAUUUACCAGAUUUUCAUGGUAAUGAAGAAAAUCAUGUUCCAAUUCCACAAGAAUCUGUUGAUUUACUUCACAGAGUCGUACGGCAAAGAUUUGGUUUUAAAGAGGAAGAUAUUGGUCGUAUAUGGGGUUCCAUUCGAAAAAGUCUCGUACAAAAAAUUACUGAUAAUCGUAAGAGUGAAAAGCGUAAAAGUCAAAAACACGAACAAAACAAACAACCACAACAACAUCCUAUUUCUUUAUCUGAAGAUAAUCAUGAUCUUGUUUCUGUUGCAACAAAUAAUCAAGCAGAGGUAAAUCGUAUACAAGAUCAGAACAAAUAU